CAAACAAAAGUCAAAGUUUAAGAGAUUUUCGAAGCCAAUUGGGAAAGGAAAUGUGGAGUGUUUGAUCCCAUUUCCAACCUCAAAUUCCUCCUCCUCCUCUUUCAAUCCUAUCAAUGGAACCUCACCAAUUCCUCAUCUUAUUCACUGAAACUACUUGAUAUGUCUUCUCAGCCGCCGACGCCACCACAACCGCCGCAUCUCCACAAGAAACCCACUUCCUUCCCUGACGUUAUCUUCACUGCCUUUUCUCUCUUCGUUAUCUUUUCUUCUUCAAACCCUACUACUUCCCUUCUACGUAAAUUUACCCCUCUUGUUUCUUUUCCUUUAAACCCACGUAGAUUUCUCAGAAUUCCCACUAUGUCAAACCCAUCUCCCAGUAAUCUUCGUAACCCUAUUCAUCACUUCCCCAAUCCCCAAUCACUCUCCGAUUGGCUAAGGCCGCGUAUGCCUUCUGAUUCUUUUGCUUCUUGGGGUGUCAAGCCGGGAACCAAGAAUGUUAGUAAUCUCUGGCUUGAGUUGUCUGAAGGGGAGACUUUGCUGGCUGAUUCUACGCCGCCGGUUCGAACUGUUGAGGUUAUGGUUGUUAAGGUUAUUGGAAAAGACAAUAAGGUCCUUGUUGAAUCGCACCAAGAAUUGUCGGAUGGUGCUGUUAGGCAUAGAUGUCGGCCGUUGUCGGAGAAGAUGAAACCUGGCGAGACAGUUGAAGAUGCGGUUUUUCGUGCUGUGAAAGAAGAGCUUGGUUCAGUGCUUGGUGGGUCUUUCGGUCAGCUCAGAGAGAAUGGCAUUGUUAAGAUUUUGCCCAAUUCGUAUUCGAAGAAGGUGGAGGAAAGGGUUUCAGCGUCUUAUCCUGGAUUGCCUGCUUGUUAUGUGUUGCAUACAGUGGAGGCUGCAGUGGAUGGUUUGCCUGAGGAGGAGUUUUGCACAGAAGAGACUGAUGAAUAUGGAGAUUCUAGUGAGAGGAUGGUCAUAAAUGGUGCAGUUUCCUGUAAAAAGCAUUACUGGAAGUGGGUUGAUGCUGAUUCGUUGUGAUCGGUGAGUUUGAGCUCUUGUCCUUCCAAGAUUGAAUUUUUGACUACUAUAUACAUGGUUCAAUAAUAAAGAUGGCUUCCCAGAGACUUGCGGUUGAGUGUCUUUAUACUUCUAUAGGAUAUUUAGAUACAGUUACAUUGCUUGAGUUAGCUUUCUAUUCAUUGUUAAUAUUCAUUCCAGGUAUUGAGGAUUUAAUAUUUACUGCGUCUAUAUCUUUAUAACAGCGAGAGCUUCUUGUAUUGUCCUGAUUUCUGAGACAGGAUGACAUUUGAAAUCCAAUUACAUUAUACUUAUGGUGCUUCCAACUAGGAA